AUGUUGGAGCUUACGGAGCAGCUGUGUGACGAGGACGCGGGCGAUGCGUCGUUGUAUCGCCCAGUGUCCGAUCGGCUGAUGAACAUUUUCCAGCAGCUUAACAAUACCCGCACGUCGGUACCACUUUUCUUGAUUGAGGAAUUUGGUGCAAUUCUGGACCGCUUCAACAGAUAUCUUCUAUCGGAAGUGGACUCCGAUGCAUAUUCUAUAGCUUCGUCGCUAUCGGUUGAUUCGCUUGAUGCGAUAGGGUCGAAUGGUGUGUACAGGUUUCACCAUGACCUCGAUCGCUUAAUGAAUGAAGCUCCGGACCUUCUAAAUACACCGCGCCUUCAUCAGUGGAGACAUCUGCUACGACAGGAGGAGACCGGGCAACAGCAAGAAGAAAUUGCAGCGGCUUGGGAGAAUAUGAGCGCUCAAGAGUUCGAAGGAGAUGUGGUCGAGACUCAUAAAGCAACUGAUGAGGGAAGCGAUUAUGAUACCACUGAUGACAAGCACAGCAGCCCUCGGUGGCUCCUUCCGACUAACGAAGUGCAGAUAAUCAAGUGCAUUGCUCAUGGAUCUUUUGGUGCGGCAUACUGGGGAAAGUGGUUGGAUACGGAUGUUGUGGUGAAGAAAGUCUUAACAAACCAACAUGAAACCAGAAACCGCCAGCAAUUCCGGCACGAAGUCGAGCUAUGGUUCUCGUUGAAUCAUGCAAACGUAAUUAAGUUGUAUGGUGCGUGUCAGGAGCAGGAUAAACAGCCUGUGUUUGUGUGCGAACGAGCACUCAACGGUACGCUGCCAUCGUUUCUGAAAGGAAAGGCCAGAGAAGAAAUUUGGGGCGCACUGUACACUGCCGCUCAGGGCUUGCAUCACUUACACGAGCGAGGGAUCGUGCAUGGAGAUCUCAAGGGCAAUAAUAUUCUCGUUUGCGACAACGACUUCGUGAAGUUGGCCGAUUUUGGGCUGAGUGAGAUUGCUAAACCUGUACUUACACCUGUCGACAAACCAGGAAGUAUCGGUGCCAUCCGAUGGAGAGCGCCUGAAUGUAUCAACGGAUUUAAGCCCAAUUUUGCAUCCGACAUCUACUCCUUUGGAAUGUGCAUCGUGGAAGCAGUGACGGGUGAUUUUCCGUGGGGGAGAAUGCCUGAUCCUUCGGUGAUAAACCAUGUCGUGAAUGAAAAAUCACUGCCAUCAAGAUGGGAUCAAUUUAAUCGUGACGAGGAAAGGCUGGUGAAGCGCAUGUGUCAAUACGAUCCCAAUGACAGGAUUGAAAUCGGUGCAGUCGUUUGUUUGUUG